AUGUGGGAAGCAAAGCCCAGGCAUGAGAUGCUUCGGGCAGCACCUGCAGCUGGGCCAACCUCACUGACAGGCAGCAGUUCUCCUGCAUCAACCCAGACCGUGGAUGCUGAUGCUCUACAGAAACUUAUUCAUUUGCUUCAGGCAACAGAUGAUCCAUUAAUUCAAGAGCAAGUUUUAAUCACUCUCAGCAACAGUGCUGCCUUCACUGUAAAUCAAGAUAUAAUCAGAAAUUUGGAUGGACUUUCUAUUAUUGGAGACAUACUCUCAAAUUGUGUUCCCAAAGUUAAAGAAAAAGCACUAAAUGCACUUAAUAAUUUGAGUAUGAAUAUUAAAAAUCAGGAAGAGAUACAGGUAUAUAUUAUGCAAGUUUGUAGGGAAAUUGAGUCAGCUCCCCUGAACUCUGAUCUGCAGCUUGCUGGUCUCAGAUUAUUGACAAAUAUGUCUGUUACCAAUGACUACCACCAUAAGAUGAUGAACUCAAUUCCAUGCUUUCUUCAUCUGCUUUCAGAAGGCACUGAAAGGACACAGAUUCAGGUUUUGAAGGUACUUGUGAACUUAUCUGCAAACUCAGCCAUGGCAGGACAUCUUCUCAGAGCCCAAGUGCCAUCGUUGCUGUUGCUUUUUGACCACUGUAUAAACAGAGAUAUUCUGCUUAGAGCCCUGGUGUUUGCAGCAAACUUGAGAAAGAACAUGAGGAAUGGAGAUGGCACCAUGCUUCAGGACCAGUACUCUGAAGAUUCACUUUUCUUUACACUCUGCAGGGACUCUUCCCCCUUCACUCAGAAACUUGCCUCUUUGCUGCAUCACCCCGAUACAGAAGUGAAAGAGCAAGUUGGGAGAAUAUUAACACAACAGUAA